AUGCCAUUCGUCGACUAUCAGUUCGCAUCAAAAUUAGAUGCCGUACCAAUAGAAAAUAUUAUGAUGCCCUCUUCGGAGUGUGACCCAUUGGGUGUUCCCGCAAACAAUGCCAUGAAAGUUACAGAUUCCCUAAGCAGUUUGAUCGACUUCACGUGCACAAAGUGCCGAGAGACAACCAAGAACCCGGACUACUUUGUGAAACGCGGCAGUCUCGAGUGUUCCAAGUGCCAGGCCACACUCAAGUUUCAGUGCACGCGCUGCAAACUUCUGAUCCGCCAAUUCGACAGCGCCUGCCGUCACGCCAGACAAAAUUGCCUUCGCGAGAAAAGCUCGUCCCAGGAGGAAGCGAAGCCCCUGCGAGGCUUUCGGGGUGGGAACGAGUCCCUGCGCAACUGUCCCGAGUGCUACUUCAACACGUCGAACUACGUCGAGCUGCGCCAGCACUAUCGCCACGAGCACCCGGAAAAAUACGCGACCUCGCACAUCUGCUUUCAUUGCGCGCGUUUCUACAAAACCCGCGAGACCAUGCUCAAGCACGCCCGACUCUGUGGCCGCGAGCCCCACAUAUUCUGCAGAUUUUGCUCGUACAGGACGAAACGCAUGGAACACCUGCGCGUCCACAUAAAGCUCAAACAUCCGGAUCCCGAGUCCUGUCACGGUGGCAGCUACGAUUGCCCGAAUUGCAAGAAAAGGUACAAGUAUCUGGCCGCCAUGAAGACCCACGCCAAGUACUGCAAGGUCGUCACUGCUAUCAAGAGGCCCAAGUAA